AAUCACUGUAUGCCUGUUUGGUUCGCCCCCCUCCCCUCCUUUCUCUCUCUCUCUCACACACGGAAACACCAUAUGACCCCUGAAGGUAUACUUCCGAAAAAAAAAAUGAACCCAAAAGGUAUGAAUUUUCCAUCCUCUCAAGUCACCACCCAAUUCCCACCAUUGCAAUACCCAACCAAACACUCCACAAGGCUCCUCUAUAAGAACCCAUAUUUUCCUCUCUCUCUCUCUCCAACUUUUUGUCUGUAUAUUCUGCACCCAUUUUGGCAAACAUAGUGCACAACCAUGCGUUCAUCUGCAAGCAGCAUCCAAUAUGAGGGAGUGGAUACCGAUCAAAACGUCCUCCAAAAGCAUGUUAUGUUCUUUGAUCGGAACAACGAUGGAAUUGUUUAUCCUUGGGAAACCUUUCGAGGUUUUCGUGCAAUUGGUUGUGGCAUUCUCUUGUCCACCACCGCUGCCAUUUUCAUCAAUGUUGGUCUCAGUCGCAAAACUAGACCUGGAAAAUUCCCUUCUCUUCUCUUUCCAAUAGAAGUUAAGAACAUCCACAAAGCCAAGCAUGGAAGUGACUCUGGUGUCUAUGACACAGAAGGAAGGUUUGUUCCUUCAAAGUUUGAGGAGAUUUUCAGUAAGCAUGCCCACACCAAUUCAAAUUUCUUAACCUCAGACGAACUGAUGGCAAUGCUCAAGGCGAAUAGGGUUCCUAAGGACUUUGCUGGAUGGCUUGCAAGCUAUACAGAAUGGAAGAUCUUAUAUAUUCUUUGCAAGGACAAGAAUGGUUUACUGCACAAAGAUACGAUUCGAGGCGUUUAUGAUGGAAGCCUGUUCGAAAAGAUGGCAAAGGAGAAAGCUUCAUCCGGGAAGCAUGCUGUCACUCCUCCAUUGUAA